AUGUUCAACAGACUUGCUUUGCAGCAUAACUUGCUCAUCCAAGUUCUGGGGAAUCGCCUCGUCAUGGCCGACAUAACCAUAGGUCCAGAGGACCAGAUUCUAGACAGUGGUACGGGCUCUGGUGUCACGGUAUAUGGCAAGGUCAUACCAGAGAGUACCGUCCUCCACGGUGUCGACAUCGAGUCAGGACUCUUCCCAAGAGAAGAUCCUUCCGUCGUCUCACGCGGAAACGUGCACUUCCAUGUCGGUAGCUGCACUGCGAUGCCGUCUGACUGGGGCGGCAAGUUUAAGCUCGUGAACCAACGCCCCAUGAUCGCGGCGUUGCGCAAAGAGGAAUGGGAGCAGUCGUUCCAGGAGUCUACCUUGAGGGAGAUUGGAUAUUGGAGGGCAGGUCCGGAGACGGAGAAAUUCAGCGCAAUGACGAACACUGCAUCGAAAGCGAAAGGCCUCGUCCUCGACUGUGUCGCGCAUAUUCCAGAAUUGCUCCGCCAGGCCGGGUUCAUGAGCAUCAGCGUCGAGCCGACGAACUGGAUGGCCGUCUUCCGAGGAGUGAAGAGCUCCAUCCUCAAGGGCGGAGGUUUUGGACAUGUCAGCUCGGAAGCCGACUUCGACGUGAUGGUGGAUAGGAUGGAGAACGAAUGGCAGAGUUCACCGGAUGCGGAGAUACAAAACAACGUGAUAUGUGCCCAGAAGCCAUUGCUAUGA